GCUUCUCUCUUCUCCCUCAACACAGCUGGUCUUACCAGUAGAGCAGGCGGCAGCUGAGAGUCCCCUCUGGUGGCCAGCAGUGGCUACAGAGCUGUCACCAUGGGGAGGGGACAGGGCUUGCUGGGCUGGCCUCGGUCUACCUCUCUGGAGAAUAGGCAGAGUUUAUAGAGCCUGAACCACCUGGUCUUCAGGCCCCACUGGGGAUGGGCCUGGCUUCCUGACCACUGACCUCAGCCUAGGAGGGACAGAAGAGACUGGGGGAGACCAUGAGGCCCAGAUGACCUUGACCCAGGGUACGCUGCCCCAUGUCCCUGCUGCCUCCCGCCCACAGCUCUACGAGAGGCAGGUCUGUCAUUCACCGCUGGACUUUGACAGUGGCCAAAGGCUCUGCUCAGUUCUCUGUGCCUGUCUCCGUCCAGCACUGCCGAGGUUCUCUGCCGAGGCCAACCAGGAAUAUCCCUUGGAAGCUGGAACCCAGCAACAAUGGCCCAGGGUGUCCUCUGGAUCCUGCUCGGAUUGCUACUGUGGUCAGACCCAGGGACAGCCUCCCUGCCCCUGCUCAUGGACUCUGUCAUCCAGGCCCUGGCUGAGCUGGAGCAGAAGGUGCCUGCUGCCAAUGCCAGCCACACAGCUUCUGCGUGGCUGCUGUCAGCCUCAAACUCUGGCCCCCACAAUCGCCUCUACCACUUCCUGCUGGGGGUGCAGAGCCUCGAUGCUGCAGAGUUGGAUCCCUACCCACUGAGCCCAGAGCUGCAAGGCGUGAUCAAGGAGGUGGCCCAACAUGAUGUACGAGAAGGGCAGGAAUACGGGGUGGUGCUGGCACCCGAUGGCUCGACUGUGGCCGUGGAGCCUCUGCUGGCAGGGCUGGAGGCAGGGCUGCAAGGGCGCAAGGUCAUAAACUUGCCGUUGGACAGCACGGCUACCUCUCGGGAGGCUGGAGUCACCUUUCCAGAUAUUGUGGCCAUUGCUCCAGAUGUAAAAGCCACCUCCACCCCAGGACUCAGGGAUGCCUCUCCAGAUGUCACCACUGCAGAUAUUGGAGCCAACUCUCCAGAUGCUACAACAGGUUGUCCAGAUGUCCAAGCUUCCUUGCCAGAUGCCAAAGCCAAGACCCCCCCGACCAUGGUGGACAGCCUCCUGGCAGUCACUCUGGCUGGAAACCUGGGCCUGACCUUCCUCCAGGGUCCCCAGACCCAGAGCCAUCCAGACCUGGGAACUGAGGGCUGCUGGGACCAGCUCUCUGCCCCUCGGACCUUUACUCUCCUGGACCCCAAGGCAUCUCUGUUAACCACGGCCUUCCUCAAUGGUGCCCUGGAUGGGGUCAUCCUUGGAGACUACCUGAGCCAGACUCCUGAGCCCCGACCAUCCCUCAGCCACUUGCUGAGCCAGUACUAUGGGGCGGGGGUGGCCAGAGACCCAGGGUUCCGCAGCAACUUCCGACGGCAGAAUGGGGCUGCUCUGACUUCAGCCUCCAUCCUGGCCCAGCAGGUGUGGGGAACCCUUGUCCUUCUACAGAGGCUGGAGCCGGUACACUCCCAGCUUCGGUGCAUGAGCCAAGAACAGCUGGCCCAGGUGGCCGCCAAUGCUACCAAGGAGUUCACUGAGGCCUUCCUGGGAUGCCCCGCCAUCCAUCCCCGUUGCCGCUGGGGAGCGGCGCCUUAUCAGGGCCGCCCGACGCCGCUGCAGCUGCCGCUAGGAUUCUUGUACGUGCAUCACACCUACGUGCCUGCACCACCCUGCACGGACUUCGCGCGCUGCGCAGCCAACAUGCGCUCCAUGCAGCGCUACCACCAGGACACGCAAGGCUGGGAAGAUAUCGGCUACAGUUUCGUGGUGGGUUCGGAUGGCUACGUGUACGAGGGACGCGGCUGGCACUGGGUGGGCGCGCACACGCUCGGCCACAACUCCCGCGGCUUUGGCGUGGCCAUAGUGGGCAACUACACCGCGGCGCUGCCCACCGAGGCCGCUCUGCGCACGGUGCGCGACACACUCCCGAGUUGUGCGGUGCGCGCCGGCCUCCUGCGGCCGGACUACGCGCUGCUGGGCCACCGCCAGCUGGUGCGCACCGACUGCCCCGGCGACGCGCUCUUCCAUCUGCUGCGCACCUGGCCGCACUUCACCGCGACUGUAAAGCCAAGACCUGCCAGGAGUGUCUCUCGGAGAUCCAGGAGGGAGCCACCUCCAAGGACCCUGCCAGCCACAGACGUUCAAUAAAGACAGCAUGGAAAGAA